UAAUGUAGGCGGUUCAAAUUGCUUAUUUAAAAUUAUCAGAAUAGCUCAUGACACAUUUUUGAUUGUGCCAUGUUGACGCAUAUGAAGGCAAUGUGCAGCUAAAUAUAAAAAAUAUUGAAGCAAAGAGUUAAUAUUGCAGUUUUACUCGGCGACGCCGGUCACACUUGAAAAUUAUUCUUAUCUUAUCGCUCAAAAAUUAAUAAUUUUUAUUUGCUUGCCUGCAAAAUUUGCAAUCUACAUUUCAGUGCAGAAUUCAAAAUGAAUACAAUCGAUUUUGAGCAAAUAACAUUGGGUGAUGAGAUCGGAUCUGGAAGCUUCGGAAAAGUGUAUCAGGCAACAUAUCGUAAUAAAAAUGUAGCUGUGAAAAGGAUUAAUCUGAACGUAUCUGAUGAGGACUUCGAAAGAGAGUUCAAACAACUUUCGCGAGCUAACCACAUCAAUAUUAUAUUUUUACAUGGCACCGCAAUGAAUCAAGAUGUUCACUAUUUAGUUAUGGAAUAUGUGGAUGGCGGAUCACUUUUUAAAUUAUUGUAUAGCAUGCCAAGGGCAACCUAUACAAUAAAUCACAUUAUUAACUGGGCACUCCAGGCCGCUAAAGGAGUUGCUUAUCUGCAUGCUAUGACUCCCAAAGCGGUGAUUCAUCGCGAUCUAAAGCCACACAACAUGCUGCUUGACAACAAACAUCGUAGCCUCAAGAUUUGUGAUUUUGGCACAGUUCGAUAUCUGAGCAGUAUGAUGACCAAAAACAGCGGCACUGCCCCCUACAUGGCACCGGAGGUUUUCAAUGGUCAAAAAUACGCCGAAAAAUGCGACGUCUACAGUUGGUCGAUCACGCUGUGGGAACUGUUUGCACGUAAAAUCCCAUUCAGCGAUUGUUCCAAUGAAUUAAUUGUAUGUCAACGGGUUGAAAAGGGUAUUCGACCAGCGUUAGUUGAUUUGGAAAUUGAGUGUCCCGCUGGGUUGAAAAAUUUGAUGAACGAUGGCUGGCAAACAGAUCCUCAACUUCGUCCCACUAUGAAUGAUAUUGUUGAAGCCUUGAGCAAAUAUCCAUUUGACUUCGAGCAAUUGGGUAUAUAA